GUUGUUGUAUCGUAGUUGACUAAAACGCUUCGUGAUAUGACCGCAGUGUGAAGAUUUAGUAUAUUGGAGGAAAUCACAGCUGCAUUGUGGAUAUAUUUUGACAUACUUGGUAGCAGUAGUGGUCUUUGUCGAGGUAACGAUGGGAUGCAGCAGGUUUGCGCUGCUCUGCGGCCUUGCUUUUGUUUUUCUUGUCCUCCACCCCGUCUAUGGAGACGUGAGCUACUCUGUCCCGGAGGAGAUGAAACGUGGAUCUGUAAUUGGAAAUAUCGCUAAGGAUCUGGGACUUGAUUUGGGCAGACUGUCUGCUCGCAAGGCCCGUAUCGAUACUGAGGAUAACAGCGUCCAGUACUGCGGUGUCAAUCUCAGCACCGGAGAAUUGAUCGUACAAGAAAGGAUCGACAGAGAAGGGCUUUGUGCGAAAAAGGCAUCAUGUGUUCUAAAACAGGAACUCGUGCUGGAAAAUCCUUUAGAGCUGCACCGUAUUAGUAUCCGAGUUCAAGAUAUUAAUGAUAAUUCACCGCAGUUUAAAGACGAGUCACUUAAAAUUGAAAUUCGUGAAUCAGCGGACAAGGGUGAACGAUUUCUUCUUGGAGAAGCACAUGAUGGAGAUAUCGGAGAAAAUGCUGUUCAGAGCUACUCACUUCAGCAGAAUGAUCAUUUCAAAUUAAAUGUAAAUACGAAAUCUGGCGGAAGGAAAUAUUGUGAACUAGUUUUAGACAAAGAAUUAGACAGAGAGGACAAAAAAGAGAUUAUGUUGUUGCUUACCGCAUUCGAUGGAGGCUCUCCUCAGAGAUCAGGUACUGUAGUCAUACACGUCACUGUACUGGAUGCUAAUGAUAAUGUACCAGUGUUUAGUCAGGUCCUUUAUAAAGCCAGUCUGCCUGAAAACUCUCCGCUGGAUACAUUGGUGAUCACAGUGAGUGCUACUGAUGCAGACGAAGGUUUAAAUAGCGAAAUUACCUAUGGAUUUGAUCAUGUUUCAGAUGAAUAUAGCAACGUGUUUUCCUUACACCCUAAAACGGGAGAAGUGAGAGUAGCUGCAACUAUUGAUUAUGAAAAAGUUUCGUCAUAUGAAAUGCAGAUAAGUGCAAAAGAUGGUCUGGGAUUAGUGUCAUACUCAACCUUAAAUAUUGAGAUUACUGACAUAAAUGACAACGCACCAGUUGUAAAUCUGAAAUCCCUGACUAACCCCAUACCUGAGAACGUGUCACCUGGUACAGAGGUGGGCAUCAUUAACGUGCAGGAUAGAGACUCUGAGAAUAACAGACAGGUCCGCUGCUCCAUUCAGCAAAACGUCCCUUUUAAAUUGGUUCCUUCUAUUAAAAACUAUUAUUCUCUGGUGACCACAGGACAACUGGACCGUGAACUAGUGUCUGAUUACAACAUUACAAUCAGUGCCACUGACGAGGGCUCUCCACCUCUGUCCUCCUCUAAAAGUGUUCAGUUAUCUGUAGCAGACAUCAACGACAACCCACCUGUGUUUGAGGAACAGUCCUACAGCGCAUAUGUGAGUGAAAAUAACAAACCUGGCUCCACUUUAUGUUCCGUUACUGCUCGAGACCCCGACUGGAGACAAAACGGUACAGUGAUUUAUUCUCUGUUAGCUGGUGAGGUGAACGGUGCCCCGGUGUCCUCCUAUCUAUCUGUUAACGGAGACACGGGGGUGAUCCACGCUGUGAGGUCGUUUGAUUAUGAACAGUUCAGGAGUUUUAAAGUCCACGUGAUGGCCAGAGACAACGGUUCUCCUCCGCUCAGCAGCAACGUGACCGUCAGUGUCUUCAUAUCGGAUGUGAAUGACAACUCUCCUCAGAUACUGUACCCCGCCCCGGAGGGCAACUCCUUCAUGACCGAGCUGGUCCCCAAAGCUGCACACGGAGGCUCUCUGGUGUCCAAAGUGAUAGCGGUGGACGCGGACUCCGGACAGAACGCCUGGCUGUCCUAUCAUAUAGUGAAAUCCACUGAUCCGGGACUUUUCACUAUUGGUCUCCACAGUGGAGAGAUCAGGACACAGCGGGACAUUUCUGAGUCUGACAGCAUGAAACAGAACCUUAUUGUGGCAGUGAAAGAUAACGGACAGCCCUCUCUCUCUGCCACCUGUUCCAUGUAUUUACUGAUUUCUGAUAACUUGGCUGAGGUGCCAGAACUGAAAGACAUUUCUUAUGAUGAGAAGAACUCCAAACUGACCUCUUAUCUGAUCAUCGCGCUGGUGUCUGUGUCCACCUUUUUUCUGACCUUCAUCAUCAUCAUCCUGGGUGUGAGGUUUUGUCGCAGGAGAAAACCCAGACUGUUGUUUGAUGGAGCAGUUGCCAUUCCCAGCGCUUAUCUCCCUCCUAAUUACGCAGAUGUUGACGGAACAGGAACUUUACGCAGCGCUUACAACUAUGACGCCUACCUGACAACAGGUUCUAGAACCAGUGACUUUAAGUUCGUCAGUUCUUACAAUGACAACACACUGCCUGCUGACCAGACUCUGAGGAAAAGUCCAUCAGACUUUGCUGAGGCGUUUGGGGAAUGUGAUUCUUCUCCUGAGGUAGGAACUGCUGUUGCAUAUAUCGUUUGACCUAUUUGCACCUUAAUGUUAUCUGUUUGUUUCAUUUGUUUCUAAAUGCACACAUUGAGCGUGAUAAUGCAUCAAGAGUUCACAGAAGAGUUAUUUUUUCGCAAUAUGCAGAUAUUUUAAAUUCUGUGGUGAAUUGAGUAGAGGCUGUUGAUCUUGUUUCAGUAUUUUUUUUUUCCACAAAGCUGGUCUGGCUCUGUUUUUAGAGUUGAGCUGCACUUUGUUCUUUGUGUCUCUGUCCUUGGUGCUGAACCUCGCCGUUUCUCUUGUGAUGUAUUUUCAGUAGCAACUUACCCCUGUCUUAUAUUUUCUCAUAUUUCAAACGUUUUAGAUUACAGUUUUACUUACAAAUUUAUAUUCCUGAGAUAUCUGUGUCCCAUUUUGUAAUUAACAUUCAAGCUCUGCUACGGUUGGACUUAGCGCAAUGGUUCAAUAAAACAAGGAAAAUAUUACAUCAGUGGAAUGAGUUGACAUAUUUUGCUGUCAGUAAGUAAAAUUUCAUGUGUUUAAGUACAUCGCAUUAACAUAUUUUUAGUCUAGGAGUUGUUGUUUUCCCCUUUAGUUUUAAAUUCCACAGUAAAGUCCAUAUAUUUUUACACGAGUGCAACAUACAAGGCAUGCUGUCGCUCUACUCUUUUUGAGUUAUGUUAUGCAUCAUGUAUCCUUUAAUUAGAUUAUGUUAUUUAAUUCAAGUGGUCUUUGGAGAAACUGGAGGCAGAUUUUUGCAUGUUUCACGAAAAAAGUAAUGGAAUCAAUUUUACUUCAUAGAGAGAGAUGCGUUUAUGUGCGAACUGGAUAUUUCGCGUGCAGCACUAAAUCACAUGUUCAGUUGUCCAAAUUUUGGGAGUGUUGUCCGGUUACUAUCAUGAAGUGCUUGAAGUGGAUUACUUUAGGGAAAGACAUAUUGUGUGUAAAGCCUUAUAAUACAGAUAUCAGGAAUCUUACUUAACAUAAAGAAAAGUUGAGUUGAGCUGCAGUUUGUCCUUUUUGUCUCUGUCCUUGGUGCUGAACUUGGCUAUUGCUCUUGCGAUUCAACUUACACAUGUCUUGAAUUUCCUCACAUUUCAAACACUUUAGAUAACUG